UUACCGUCAUUUCAACCGAAAGAUGGCGAUAAUGACAAAUCACGUGGUCUGUCUCUUCCAUGUUUUUAAACGUCGGUCCUAAAUUAUUAUUUCCGAUCCAUUCAACCGCUAUUUUUCGAAUUGUGAGAUAUUAUUCAUUUAAAUGCAUGAUGGCUGAGAAUAAACUGCAAGUAAAAUCAGUUGUUGAAAGUAUCACCAAAUCUAAUGAAGAUAAAAGAUUAUAUCGAGGUUUAGAAUUAACAAAUGGUCUUAAAGUUUUAUUGGUAAGUGAUUCUACAACAGAUAAAUCGGCUGCUGCGUUGGAUGUUCAUGUUGGUCAUAUGUAUGAUCCCACAUAUCUGCCUGGUUUGGCUCAUUUGUGUGAACAUAUGUUAUUUUUAGGCACAAAAAAGUAUCCAGUUGAAAAUGAAUAUAAUAAAUUUAUUAAUCAACAUGGAGGAUGCAGUAAUGCAUUCACUUCAUCUGAUCACACUAACUUUUACUUUGAUGUUUCACCAGAAUAUUUGCAAGGAGCAUUAGAUAGGUUUGCACAGUUUUUUCUUUGUCCUCUCUUUACGGAAAGUGCUACUGACAGGGAGAUUAAUGCCAUCAAUGCUGAACAUGAGAAAAAUCUUCAAAAUGAUUUAUGGAGAUUAAAUCAGCUUGAGAAAUCAACAGCUAAUCCAAAUCAUGACUAUAAUAAAUUUGGGACAGGGAAUAAAGAAACAUUGGACAUUAAACCUAAAUCAGAAGGAAUAAAUGUUAGAGAUGAAUUACUCAAAUUCCACGAUAAAUGGUAUUCAACUAAUAUAAUGUCUUUGGUAGUUCUUGGAAAAGAAUCUUUAGAUGAUUUAUCUGAUAUGGUCAUAUCACUUUUUGCGGAUGCACAAAACAAAUCAAUAGAUGUUCCAAAAUGGGAUGAACAUCCAUUUGGCCCAGAACAAUUAAAGACUCGAGGUUAUGUUGUUCCUGUUAAAGAUAUCAGAAAUUUAAAUAUUACUUUUCCUAUCCCAGAUCUUCAGCCUUAUUACAGAACUAAUCCAGGACAUUAUCUUGGGCAUCUUAUUGGACAUGAAGGACCAGGAAGUUUAUUAUCUGAAUUGAAAGCUAGAGGAUGGGUUAAUACACUUGUUGGUGGUUAUAAAAGUGGUGCUAAAGGAUUUGCUUUCUUUAUUGUGAAUGUUGAUUUAACAGAAGAUGGAAUAGAACAUACAGAUGAUAUUGUGACCUUACUCUUCCAGUAUUUAAAUAUGUUAAAAGCUGAAGGACCUCAAGAAUGGGUUUUUAAAGAGUGUCAGGAUUUAGCAGCAAUGACGUUCCGCUUCAAAGACAAAGAACGAUCUCAGAUGUAUGCUUUUUCUCUUGCUGGAAUGUUACAUAAUUAUCCUAUGGAAGAAGUUCUCUGUGGGCCUUAUCUUCUGCAUGAAUAUCGACCAGACUUAAUUACAGAUUUAUUAGAUAGAUUAGUUCCAGAAAAUAUUAGAGUUGCUGUAAUAGGGAAAAAAUUUGAAAAUAUUGUAGACUGUGAAGAAUGCUGGUAUGGUACAAAAUACAAAUUUGAAAGAAUUCCUGAUUCAGUAAUUCAGAAAUGGAAAUUAGUUGGUACCCAUAAUAAUCUUCUUUUACCACCCAAGAAUGAAUUUAUACCAACCAAUUUUGAACUUGCACCUAGAGAACCUGAGAAUUCUAAUUUACCCAUUAUGAUAAAAAAUUCUGAGAUGAGCAGAAUUUGGUUUAAACAAGAUGAUGAAUUUCAUUUACCAAAAGCAAUUCUUAGUUUUGAAUUUGAAAGUCCUUUGGCUUAUUUGGAUCCUCAUCAUUCAAAUAUGACUUAUAUGUUUGUUCAGUUAUUCAAAGAUGCAUUAAAUGAAUAUACUUAUGCUGCUGAACUUGCAGGAUUAUCAUAUAAUCUCAACAAUACAAAAUAUGGAAUGUUGUUAUCUGUAAAAGGUUAUAAUGAUAAGCAGCAUGUAUUGUUACAAAAAAUUAUGGAUAAAUUAACAAAUUUCAAAAUAGAUCCAAAACGUUUUGAAAUAUUAAAAGAAGCAUAUAUUCGAGGGUUGAAAAAUUUUGAAGCUGAACAACCGCACCAACAUGCCAUUUAUUAUACUUGUCUAUUACUUGCAGAACGUAUUUGGUCAAAUGCAGAACUGUUAGAUGCUGCAGAAGAACUUACAGUAGAUAAAGUACAGGCUAUUAUACCUCAACUUUUAUCAAGAAUGCACAUUGAAGCACUUAUUCAUGGCAAUUUAAUUAAACAAAAAGCACUUGAUUUGGUGUCUAUAGUUGAAAGUAAAUUGGAAGAGACUAUGAAAUGGAGACCUCUAUUGCCAAGUCAGUUAAUACGAGAUCGAGAAUAUCAGCUGACCAAAGGAUCCCAUUUCCAGUUGGAGAAAUUAAAUAAUGUUCAUCGCAGUUCAGCUGUGGAAGCUUAUUAUCAGUGUGGGCUUCAAGAGACCAAAUGUAAUAUGUUGGUAGAAUUAUUUUGCCAAAUAAUCACGGAACCCUGUUUUAAUGUCCUGCGUACACAAGAGCAGUUGGGUUAUAUUGUAUUUAGCGGAGUUAGAAGAGCCAGUGGUGUUCAAGGUGUACAUAUUAUAGUACAGUCAGAUAAGAGUCCUGAAUAUGUAGAUUCAAGAAUUGAGGCAUUUCUAAUAUUUAUUGAAAAACAUUUAAGUGAAAUGUCAGUCCAAGAAUUUGAAGCCCACAAAUCGGCUCUUGCAGCAAAACGCCUGGAAAAACCAAAGAAAUUGGUUUAUCUAACGGGAAAAUAUUGGAAUGAAAUCACUCUGCGUCAGUACAAUUUUGAUAGAGAUAACAUAGAGGUUGCCUGUUUACAUAAAUUGACAAAAGAUGAUGUAAUUAAUUUUUAUAAGGAAUUGAUUGCUCACGAUGCACCUUCUCGAAAGAAACUGUCUGUACACAUUAUGUCAUCUGUUAUUAAUUCACAAGGUGAUAAUUCACUUAAUGUUACUGAAAAUGUUAGUGAUGGAUUAAUACAACCACCAGUUUCUCAGCCUUUUACUAAAAUAGAAAACAUAACAGAAUUUAAAAGUGGACUCGGACUCUAUCCUUUGGUAAAGCCAUGCAUUGAUAUAACACCAAAUAUAGGAAUGGCCUCUAGAAAAUCAAAAUUAUAACCUUUUUAGGUAGUAUUUAGAAAAAUCACUUUUAAUCUAUUUAAUAUGAGAACACUAAGCAAAAUUGGGUUUUUAAUUGGUAGACAUGUAUUUAUUUAAAUCAUGUAAUUGUAAAGAUAUAAAUUUCUUAAAUUUAAAUUUGAACUACAUUCAUACUUUUCUCCAGAUAAUCUGCGUGAAAUCAAAGAUGAAUAUACAGAGUUAUAUAAAAUUCAGAUUUUAAUUUGAAAUGUUGUAAUUUACUGAAUUAUAAUA